GAAUUGUGCUCCAGCCCCCAGGCGCUCCUUUUUCCCCUCACUCUAGUCCUCUGCUCCGCCACCAGGGGGUGGUGGCGCACCGCCAUUGAACAAAACCCCUCAACACAGAUCGGAAACCAAGCCGCCGGCAUGUCGUCCUCCAACGACGCCCCCGUCAGCCCUCGCUCCCAGCUCGUGCUGAGCUGCUUCGAGGAGCUCCUCGACUUCGCGGUGGCGGACGUGGCGUCGGAGUGCCACCGCAUCGCGCGCCUAGGCCUCGACCGCAGCGUCGACGCCGAGGAGGAGGAGCUCCGCCUCUGGGCCGCGCGCGUCGCCGGCGACCACCCCGGCGCCGAGGACGGGGCCACCCGCGCGGCCGGGGGAGGAGGGGGGAACAAGGGCGCGCCCGACGUCUUCGGGCAGACGCACCCCGCCAUCGCCGCCGACGUCGUCGACUGCAUGAACUGCGGCCGCCCCGUCGUCGCCGGCCGCUUCGCCCCGCACCUCGAGAAGUGCAUGGGCAAGGGCCGCAAAGCUCGCGCAAAGACCACGAGGAGCAGCACAGCUGGACGGUACAGAAACAGCAAUGGGGAGGAGCAUAGCAACCAUACAUUCCAGGAGUCCUGAUCGCAAGCUGUGCUCCUGCCAUGUUAUCGGUGCCUGAGCACCGUGCGAGGGCGAAGCAUGUCGCCUUGAUCAAUGUGGCUUGCAUGCUACUAUCUGUUGCCGAGUCCUCUGUAUAUUAAGGCUUAAGAGUGUUUUGUUUAUCAAGUGGAUUCUUGGCCGUCCUGUAUAGCUAAGUCCUUCCAGUAAGUAGUAAUACAGUUCGUUCCAGCACCAAGUUAUUUGGUCUGGUGUGUA